AUGCAGUCCUCCAGCCUGUGUGUCCUGGCCGUGUGUGCCUUUGUCCUGAUUUCCUCCCUGAAUGCUGCUCCUUUGGAUGACUCGCAACAUGCCACAAUCCUGCGUUAUGACAACGACAACAUUGGAACUGAUGGCUAUAACUUUGGUUACGAGACCAGUGAUGGCAUCACCCGCCAGGAGCAGGCUGAACUCAAGAACGCUGGCACGGAUCAGGAGGCCCUCAGCGUUCGCGGCUCCGUCAGCUGGGUGGCUCCCGAUGGCCAGACCUACACCCUGCACUACAUUGCCGAUGAGAAUGGCUUCCAGCCCCAGGGCGAUCAUCUGCCCCACAACUGA